CCCAUUUCUUCUUCUUCCCUUAUCCGAAUUCCAGAGAUACAACGAAGAGAGAUAAUGGCUCUCUGCUUCAACAGCUGCAGUCCCCGUUUCCUUCUUCUCCCGUCUCCUCCUUCUACUUCAACGUCUUCCAUAGCCGCAAUUCCGUUUAACAGAUCAACCAAGGACCUAAAACUCAUCCUGGCAAGACCACCUAUUCAUGGACUUAUGUUUCAUAACUCAUUUCUCAUUCCAAAAGGAAAACGUGACCUGAUUAUUGUUAAGGCAACCGAUGGUGUUGAUGGAAUAGAACAAACCGAGCCUGAACCUGCUGCAGUAAGUGAAGGUGGUGAAAAUGUGCAAGUGCAGGAUCUUCCAUUGGAGUCCAAGCAGCAGAUGCUGUUGGAGCAGAAGUUGAAAAUGAAGUUGGCUAAGAAGAUCAGGAUGCGUAGAAAGAGGCUUGUUUCGAAGCGUAGGCUAAGGAAAAAGGGUAAAUGGCCUCCUUCCAAGAUCAACAGAAAUGUCUAACCUUUUGCCCAAUGCUCACUAGGCAGGUUCGGUGUUAAGUUUUCUCAUUUCUAAUCUGAUAUGGGUUUUGUAACAAUAUGAAUGUAUGUCUUCCAGUUGGAUUACAUUUGUGUACUUUCAAAUUAUCAUAAUACAAUUUGUGAUUUAUGAGACAAGCCCAGUUUAUAUUCUUAUUAAUACUCAUUCCCAUUUGGUA